AUGCAUUCUCAGGCGACUCGUGAGGUGGAGGGAUUGGUGUUCCAGAUGGCUAGCGGCUUGUCUGCGCUGAAGAAGAUGGUGGACGUGCUGGGCACGCCGCGCGACACAGUGGAGCACCGCCACCGCAUCGGCGAGGCCAACCUCAGGCUGCAGGAUACUGCCAAGCGCAUCAAGGAGCAGCUGACGUCCCUUGGCCAGGACAAGGCCGCCAUGUCAGCCGUGGCGCAGCAGAAAGUGCGGCGGCUGAUGCAGGACUUUGGUGCGAUGCUGCAAGACUACAAAUCGACGCAGAAGGUCGCCGCCGAGCGCGAGGCGACCAGCCUGCCGCGCGCGGCCGUGGCGGCGGCGGCAGCGGCUGCGUCUGCGGCGGCGGCCGCGUCUGCAGCGGCGGCGGGCGGCGGCGGGCGGGAGCAGGAGCUCGAGCGGCAGGGGCUGCUGCAGCAGCAGCGCAUGGCGGAGGCGGCGCAGCUGGAGGGGGCCAUGGCGUACAACGAGGCGCUCAUUGAGGAGCGCGACCACGGCAUCCAGGAGAUCCAGCGGCAGAUCGGCGAGGUGAACGAGAUGUUUCAAGACCUGGCGGUGCUGAUCAACGACCAGGGGCAGCAGAUCAUCACGGUGGACCAGCAGAUCGCGACCACCGCGGAGCGCACCUACGAGGGCACGCGGCAGCUGGUGCGGGCGGAGCGCAGCCAGCGGGCGGCGCGCAACAAGUGCCUGGUGCUGUGGCUGGUCAGCGGCGUCAUUGUGGCGCUCAUACUCAUCGUCCUGUUCGGGUGA